AGUGUUUUGUCGGCAGGAUUUCUUUCCGCUGGUGUUGCUCCGCUCGCCGUCCCCAUGGAAACCAAGCGUUUGGUUUUAGAGAAAAAUACAUUAAACUACAAUAAUAACAACCAAUCCUGCUCAUCGUUAUUACACGCAACACGUUCGUUUUAAAGAAAAUAAUUGUGAAGAUGAAACUACAAUUUGUAUAAGAAUGAUCUUAUUGUAAAUAUCAUGCCUUUUAUCUCAAAUUACUACUGUUCUACUGCGUUAAAAAUUUAGUAAAAGUACAAGUUAAAUAAGGCGUUAAAAUGAAGUACAUUUUAAAAGCAGAUUACAUGGGCUUAUCAAACACAUCUAUAGGGGAAAGAAGCCACUCGACAUAUUUUAAGCUAUCUCUUUUACUGCUUUUAACAAUGACGUUUGUGUAGUAUAGGAGGUUUAAACAAACCUCAUAGUCAGGGCAGUCAUCUGCACUGCUGCUGGUACUGGUACAGCAGAAACACAACAAACAUGUUCGCCAUCGGUGUUUCACAACGGAAUGGGAUAGUUGCUACACCGGAAGUGUAGUUUUUCCUGCGGGAGACAGCGCUGGAGUUCUGCAGGAGUUCCGAGAAAUUGUGUUGCUUGAUUAAUUAUCGCAGCGGCAACAACAGAAGAGAAACGCGGAAACGGGCAGGGUUCGUGUUUGAAUCGCCGGGGCCCAGAUUAGUAAGUUAAACCCGGCAACGUGUGGGUCUGCGGCAGGGCAGAGUCCAGUUGAGCAAUCCGGGGAUGGCUGCGAUGGCCGGCUCGGCGGAGGGCGACGGCACCGCGACCCUGAACUUCAACGUGGGUGUGCUGGGCCAUGUGGACAGCGGGAAGACCUCGCUGGCCCGGGCGCUGAGCAGCACCGCGUCCACGGCGGCCUUCGACAAGAACCCGCAGUCCCGGGAGCGGGGCAUCACGCUGGACCUCGGCUUCUCCUCCUUCUCGGUGGAGCUGCCGGAGCACCUGCGGGAGCAGUGCCGGGAGAGGGGCUUCAGCCGCCUGCAGUUCACCCUGGUCGACUGCCCGGGGCACGCCUCGCUCAUCCGCACUAUCAUCGGGGGUGCCCAGAUCAUCGACUUGAUGAUGCUGGUGGUGGACGUGACGAAGGGCGUGCAGACGCAGACGGCGGAGUGCCUGGUGAUCGGGGAGAUGACGUGUCCACGCAUGGUGGUCGUCCUGAAUAAGACUGACCUGCUCCCUGCGGCCAAGAGGCAGGCCACCAUCGACAAGAUGACCAAGAGAAUGCUCAAGACCCUGGAGAACACCAGAUUCCAGGGCUGCCCUGUGAUCGCUGUGGCAGCCAAGCCGGGGGGUCCUGAGGCCCCCGACACCGAGCUGCCCCAGGGAGUGCCUGAGCUCAUCGAGCUGCUGAAGGCCCAGGCAUACCUUCCUCACAGAGACCCGUCGGGGCCCUUCCUCAUGGCGGUGGAUCACUGCUUUUCCAUCAGGGGGCAGGGCACCGUCAUGACGGGGACUGUCCUGCAGGGGGCAGUGUCGCUCAACGACGGCAUCGAGAUCCCGGCCCUGAAGGUGACCCGGAAGGUGAAAUCGCUGCAGAUGUUCCGCAGGGCGGUCAGCCGGGCGAUGCAGGGAGACAGGGUGGGCGUGUGCGUGACGCAGUUCGACCCCAAGCUGCUGGAGCGGGGUGUGGUGUGCACCCCGGAGUCCCUGCGCACGCUGCACGCCGCCGUCGUCUCCGUGCGCAAGAUCGGGUACUACCGCGGCGCGCUGCCCACGCGGAGCAAGUUCCACAUCACCAUCGGCCACGAGACCGUCAUGGCCAGGGUCACCUUCUUCGGCCCCGCCCCCGCCGAGGCAGGCCCCGCCCCCGCCGAGGCAGGCCCCGCCCACAGCUUCUCCUUCGACAGGGACUACCUCUUCCAGGAGGAGUACGUGACCGGCCAGCCAGGGGCGGCGGGGGAGGCCCCUGACCCGGAGCAGUGGGCGCUGCUGGAGUUCGAGAAGCCGGUCACGUGCCCGCCGCUCUGCCUGGUGAUUGGCUCCAAGCUGGACACGGACAUCCACGCCAACACCUGCCGCCUGGCGUUCCAUGGGCGCCUGCUGUGCGGCUUCGAGGACCGGGGGUACGCCGAGACCGAGCUGCCCCGUCUGCGGAUCUACAAGACCAAGCAGAGGGAGGGUCAGGUGGAGAGGGUGACUGACGACUACACCGUGAUCGGCCGGAACCUCUUCAAAAAGGAGACCAACCUUCAGCUGUUUGUGGGGUUAAAGGUCACGCUGUCGACGGGGGAGACGGGGGUCAUCGAGGGAGGUUUCGGGCAGAGCGGCAAGUUCAAGAUCCGAGUGCCAGGGCAGCGAAUAACUUUUAGAAGAACCAGUGAGCCCUUGUCUUUGGUGUUGUCGGCAGGGGUCUGGAGUGAAGAUCCAGCUGUUCCCGUCUCUCCCUGUGUUCUCCAGGAGUUCUGUCUCUGUUCCUCUUUUUCCUCUCUGGGUACCCUCCUGUGUCUCCCUCUAUCCCCUCUCCCGCUGCCCCCCUCUUGCCCCGCGUCUGGAUCAGUGUGUAUCCAGGAUGUGUCAGAUGGAGCCUUGAGGAUGGAGCUCGGCCCAGGCGAUCUCUGCUGGUCAUCUCCAGGUGCCCGAUCAGCAGGGAGAUCUCUGUUACAGGUUUAAUAGCUUGCACAGGCGUUCAGCUUAAAGGAUGUGUCAGAAGGGAAUUUCCUUGGUGCUCCAUAUAGCAUGUAUGGUAUUUUAAUUUUAUUUUUCAUUUUCUCUUCAAAGCUUGUUGGGAGAAAUUUUCCUUCCAGAUUGGUUGCUGUUACCUUUCCAAGGUUUCUGGUACAAAGGAUUAUGUAAUGUUUUGGACAGAAUACCUUUGUGGUAUGUUUAAAUACUCAUUGCGUUGAUGUGCACAUGUGUAUUUUCGGAUUAGCCGGUCUGUGUUUUUUUGGGAGAGUUUCAGCCGCCUGUCACAUCAGGACAGCAGAGAGGAGCAUACUGUUCGCACCCACACUGUGGGAAGGAUAGAAGGCAAGAAAGGAGAGGAGGGAUGUCUUGUCCGUCUGGGCCCUUGUGGAGAGAGCUCCUGUGAGAAUCAGCAGAAGGAAGUUCUAUGUGACUGAGUCCUUUUCCCUGUUCUGUUCUGCUGGGUAACCCUGUUUCCCUGGAAAUGACUAAACAGACUUUCAGACUCAUACUGUAUUACACAGCAGUCUGAUCCGCUCCAGGUGUGACAGUGUUGUCAGACUCCCAGUGCGC